GAGAGAGAUAUUCAACACAAUUAUUCCCCUGUAAUAAUUAGAUUAUGUGAGUUCUCAAUGUGCGUGCCUCUGAUAUUUGAUCUGUAUAACACAGACACACUAAAAUAGGAGAUUUUGAAUACCCCAUUGUAGAGAACUCAAGCUUGCAUAGGACUCUCUGCAUUUCCAACAGAAAAAAAAAAAAACUGCUGCCAUUUCCUCUUUCAUAAAAACUCUUUCUUUUUCAUUUUCUCUAUCUUUCUUUAUAUGUCAAUGGCCAAUCCCAACUCUGCAUAGCUUUCUGCAACUGUCACAAUAUAUAUAUAGAGACAUUCCUGCAUUAUAUGUCCACCCCCCCAUUUAUACAGAACUCAAUCUUUAGGAUGAUCUGAGGAUUUGGAUAGCUUGGUUUAUAAGGGAAUAGAGAGUUGUUUCAGAAUUGGCAUUGGUUGGAUUGGUUGUGUGUGUGAGAGAGAGAAUUGUGAGUCAUUGGUAGUUGAUGUGUCAUAAUCAUUUAGGAGGGGCAUAUCACUUAUCUGCAUUUGCUUGUUUUACUUGGUGAUUGUGGAGACUUGUGGGAUUGAAAUUUUGCCUGAUUUGUUAUCUUGAUUAGUUUGGUUUGAUUGGGGAAUUUCUUUAUGUUGAGCUUAGGUAGUGGUUUAAACAGAUGCCAGUUGAAAUUGUUUGGAUUUUGGGUGAUAUAUAUGGGAGAUGGUCUCUGAUGAUAUAUUACAGUUUUCACAGUUGUUGGAAGUUCAGGUUGAAACAAUAGCUACCACCUAGUGGUCUAACUCAAUUCGAUCUUCGAAGGGGUUCUUGAAACUAGGCCAUGAGAAGCCCUUUGCUCAAUAAACUAUCAUUAAUUUUCGGCCCUAGACCACCACUCAACUGGAUACUCUUGUGUUUGGUCAGUGUCUUUAUGCUAAUAGCAUAUUCAGGAUCAUUUUCUUCUACUACCUUUGACUCGGUGACUUCCUCUGUGAAGCCUGAUAUCUAUACAAAUUAUAGAAAGCUAAAGGAGCAAGCAAGAAAUGAUUAUUUAGAGCUAAAGAGCAUUUCUCUGGGAGCUAACCGGAUAAAGGAUGUUGGUCUUUGUGGGAAGGAAAGAGAGAAUUAUGUGCCUUGCUAUAAUGUAUCUGCAAACCUAUUAGUUGGGCUUAAAGAUGGGGAGGAAUUUGAUCGGCACUGUGAGUUAUCGCAAGAAUAUCAAGAUUGUUUGGUUCGUCCUCCCAAGGAGUACAAGAUUCCACUGACUUGGCCAGCAGGUAGGGAUGCCAUAUGGAGUGGAAAUGUGAAGCUAACCAAAGAUCAGUUCCUUUCUUCUGGAAGCAUGACAAAAAGGCUAAUGUUAGUGGAAGAGAACCAAAUAGCUUUCCACUCAGAGGAUGGAAUGAUUGUUGAUGGUGUCAAAGAUUACUCUCACCUUAUUGCAGAGAUGAUUGGGCUGGGAAGUGAUACAGAGUUUCUUCAAGCCGGUGUGCACACCGUGCUGGAUAUUGGUUGUGGAUUUGGUGGCUUUGGUGCCCAUCUACACUCACUGAUGUUGAUGGCUCUUUGUGUGGCAGCAUAUGAGCCAUCUGGUAGCCAAGUUCAGUUAGCACUCGAGAGAGGACUUCCUGCUGUCAUUGGCAAUUUUAUUUCAAAACAGCUUCCAUUUCCGUCAUUGUCCUAUGACAUGGUUCACUGUGCUCAAUGUGGAAUCAUUUGGGAUAGCAAAGAUGGGCUGUUUCUUAUUGAAAUUGACCGUAUACUCAAACCUGGUGGUUACUUUGUCUUAACCUCACCCACAACACAUCAGCAGGAUAGUACUAGCACUACAAAGAAGGGAAGCACGUCUAGUUCACUGGAAGAAUUCACUAAGAAGCUCUGUUGGUCUCUUUUGGCACAGCAAGAAGAGACUUUUAUUUGGCAGAAGACAGCUGAUUCUCAGUGUUAUACAUCCAGUAAGGGUGAGAUACCAGUUUGUAAAGGAAAUGAUAUGCAAAUGUACUACCAACCACUUUCACACUGUAUAUCUGGGACAACAAGUCACCGGUGGGUUCCAAUUCAUAGCAAAUCUGAUCAUCUGAACUCAACUGAGCUUGAAAUUCACGGGCUCCAUCCUGAUGAUUUCUUUGAGGAGUCAAACUUCUGGAAAUUAGCUCUGAGAAAUUAUUGGUCUUUGCUCUCACCCUUGAUUUUCUCUGACCAUCCGAAAAGGCCAGGUGAUGAUGAUCCAUUACCUCCAUAUAAUAUGGUGCGUAAUGUCAUGGACAUGAAUGCUCAUUAUGGAGGUCUUAGUGCUGCAUUGAUGGAGGCAAGAAAAGCAGUAUGGGUGAUGAACGUGAUUCCUCUUGGGGCGCGUAAUACACUUCCUCUCAUAUAUGAUCGAGGUUUUGCCGGUGUUCUGCAUAACUGGUGUGAACCCUUUCCUACAUAUCCCCGAACAUAUGAUUUGCUCCAUGCAAAUGGGCUCCUUUCCCAUAUUGAUUCACAAAAAUGCAGCAUGUUUAAACUACUCCUGGAGAUGGAUCGUAUUUUAAGGCCUGAGGGAUGGAUUAUUCUUUCUGAUACAUUGGUUACAAUAGAAAAAGCACGCACUUUAGCUGCCCAAAUCCGCUGGGAAGCCAGGCUGAUCGACCUCCUGAAUGGAAGUGACCAGCGACUACUUGUAUGCCAAAAACCAUUCGUGAAAAAGUGAUAUUCUGCAAAUGCAUAAUUUCAUCAAUCUAAUGAUUGUCCAGUCCUUUUUAACACUGCUAAUUUCCUAACUUCUCGUGUAAACGAGGAAUACUAUGAAAAAGCGGAAGUUCUAUAUUUUGAUAUUACCAGGCCACAAGCUUGCGCGGUGACGUCUGAACCUCUUGGUCUUCUUAUUGAUGGAUUAUAUGGUGCUCACAAAGCUGAAACUAUAUUUUUUGGAAGCUGAUGAAUAUAGAGAAUGCUUUUGCUUCAUUAGUAACAGUACACAAAAGAAGAUUUUGGCCUUAUUUUUUUCCCACAAUAUUUAUGUAGCAAUUCUUUCGUCUCAUUGCUUCUCUCUUUUUUUUUUUUUUCUAUUUUUGAAAUUCAUUCUGAAUUUUGUAAUUGAAUUAUGUUUUGUACUGAAGAACUACCCUUUACUGAGAGCAAGAGUUCUAUAUUGGAAUCAAUCAUAAAGAUGACACUUAACCAAAUUCUU